AUGUGUCUUCAGAUAAAUACUGUCCUGUCCAACUCGUUGCUUGUUGUUUCUACGAAAGCUGCCCGCCCGCCGCAUAUAAUCACACUUCCAUCCCCCCUCUCGCCUUACACAAACACAACCGCACUUUCUUACACCAUGCGUUUAAUCAUCAGAGAUGACCCUCGCACUGCGUCAAAGUACAUCGCAGACUACAUCAUUGAACGCAUCAAGUCCUUCAACCCUUCGCCUGCGCGGCCUUUUGUCUUGGGCUUGCCUACGGGGAGUAGCCCCGUGCUCAUCUACCAGAACCUGGUCCAGCGCCACAAGGCUGGGGAAAUCUCCUUCCGACAUGUAGUCACCUUCAACAUGGACGAAUACGUAGGGAUCCCGCGCGAGCACCCGGAAAGCUACCACAGCUUCAUGUACCAGCACUUCUUCUCGCACGUCGACGUGCGGCCCGAGAACAUCAACAUCCUCAACGGCAACGCGACGGACCUCGAAGCCGAGUGCCAGCGGUACGAGGAGCGCAUCAAGGCCGCGGGCGGCAUCGAGCUGUUCCUAGGCGGCAUCGGGCCGGACGGGCACAUUGCCUUCAACGAGCCUGGCUCGAGUCUGCGGUCGCGCACGCGCGUCAAGACGCUGGCGUACGACACGAUCCUGGCCAACUCGCGGUUCUUUGGCAACAAGCUGGAGCAGGUGCCGCGGAUGGCGUUGACGGUUGGGGUGGAGACGGUGCUGGAGGCGCGCGAGGUGGUGAUUAUCAUCACGGGGGCGCACAAGGCGCUCGCGCUGCAGAAGUGCGUCGAAGAGGGCGUCAACCACAUGUGGACGCUGUCGAGCCUGCAGCUGCACCCGCACCCGCUGCUCGUCGUCGACGAAGACGCCACGCUCGAGCUCAAGGUCAAGACGGUCAAGUACUUCAAGAGCAUCGAGAAGGUCGGCAGCGAGCUCGGCUUCCGCCAGAUGCUGCCUCGGAAGCGCGACUCGCUCGUCGAGGACCAGCUGGCUCCCUUUGUGCCCCAGACCCAGCAGCCCGAUUCCAUCUCGCUGGUCGUGCCGACGCUGGACCAAUCUCGCUCCGCCAGCCCCGUUCUUGGUCCCAUGAGCGCCCGCCUCGAGGACAAGGAGGCGAAUGCGAUAUCGACGCAGGCUUUGGAGUCUCUCGGGGAAGAGCCUCAGCUUGCGUCCAUGAGCGCCCGCGUUGCAGGUUGA